UUUCCCAUUAAACGAAUUGAUUGGAUGAUCGAUCGAUCAAUGGAUAAUGGAAUGAUCUUAUUUGGGAUAAUUUGUGAUAACAAAAAAAAAGCAAAAAAAUUCUGAAAAAUAACCAUGGCAUCCACAACAACAACAGCAACAGCAACGAAACAUCAUCAUUCAACAACAUUAUCAUCAAAAUCACCGACAACAACAACAACAACAACAUCUGAAACAAAAUCACCAUCAUCAACAAUACAUAAAAUCAAUCGAAUUAAUUAUCGAUCAAUGAAUAAUAUUAAUACAUCAAUAAUACGUAAUCGUCAUCGACCAUAUCGUCGUACAACAUUAACAUUUGUUGAUGUUAUUAUACAACGUUAUGGUGUUGAUGAUGUUGUUGGACAAUUUGAAAAUUGUCCAUUUGAAGUAUUUGUUCUGGGUGGUAUUUCACCAAGAAAAUCCGGUAACACAUUAUUAUUACCACCGGCAUUAUCAUUGAAUCAAUGUCGUGUAAAAAAUGCCGGACCUGAACCGAAAAUUCGUGAAUUAUGUCAUAAUGUUGAAGAAUUAGAUUUAGCAUCAAAUAAUAUAAUCGAUAUUGAUGAAGUAUAUAAAAUUGUACGUGCAAUGCCUAAUCUACGUUUUGUAAAUCUAAGCGAAAAUGAUCUCUCCAAAUGUAAUCGUUAUUCAUCCAAAUUUAUUGGUUCAAUUAAUCGACAAAAAUUGGAAAAAAUUAAAUCACUUGUAUUGAAUAAUACACAUAUACCAUGGAGUGGUGUAGAAUUAUUAUUAAAUAUAAUGCCAUCAAUUGUUGAUCUACAUCUAAGUCUAAAUAAUUAUGAAUCAAUACAAUUGAAUGCAAAGAAAACUUAUCCAAAUAUUAAAUUUUUAUAUCUUAGUGGAAAUCCUAAACUAUGUAAUUGGAAUGAUAUAAAAUUAUUAAUGAAAACAUUUCCUAAACUUGAAGGUCUUACAAUGGCCGAUUGUAAUAUUAUAUCAAUACCUGAACAUGUAUUGAUACAUUUAAAAAAUUUAGUCAGCCUUAAUAUUUCAAAUUGGCCAAUUAAUGAAUGGAUUUCAAUUGAUCGUUUAAAUCAACUGCCAAAAUUGAUAAAACUUCGUUGUCAAGGUAUACCUAUAUUGAAUAAAUUAGAUACUGCUGAUGAACGACGACAACAUUUAAUUGCUCGUUUGCCACGUGUUACACGUCUUAACGGUAGUGAUAUAUCCGAAGAUGAACGUGUUUUUGCUGAAAGAGCUUUUAUUCGUUGGUUUAUUGCUAAUCCUGAUGAAUCUAAACCUACAAGAUUCUUUGAACUACAGGAUAUACAUGGUCGUGUUGAACCAUUAGCCGAAGUAAAUUUAUCACCACCUAAAUAUGCAAAUGUACGUGUAAUAUUUAAUGAUCUAAGUAAUGAACAAUUGGAAAAUGAUCAACUAAGCUAUGAAUCAUUAGUGAGACAAUGUAAAGAUUCACGUUCAUUUAAAGUUGAUCUAAAUAAAUCUGUACGAAAUUUUAAAGUGCAAUUAAGCUCAUUAUAUAAUGUAAUACCAACAAAUAUUCGUGUGUUCUAUAUCGAUACUGAAAUGUCCGAAUUAUUAGGCAUCCUGCAUAUUGAAGAGUUACGUUUUGCACAGAAAAAACUUUAUACAUAUAAUGUACAGGAUGGUGAUGAAUUUCUUAUCGAAAUGAAAUGAAAUGAAAACACAUCAUUCAAUAAUCAAAUCAUUAUCAGUGAAAAAGCAAACAAACAAGUGCAAAAUUUUCAUUUUGUGAAUGAUAAACGAAUUCAACCAAUCCCAUGUUCAUCAUUACAUUGUUUUCCGGUGUUUUUUUUUGUUGUGAUUUUGUCAAUAAUGAUUAUAUAAAUCAUAGGAGAUUUUUUUUCUGCCUAAAAAAACCAACAAUUCUAUUUUGGCCAUACAUUAUUUUGCGAUAUCAAAACUGA